AUAAAACACCUUCUAACUUAUAACAAACAAACCCAACCACACUUACACAUUCUCAUUCACAGUUACACACUUUUUAUUUUCUACUAUGGGCUUAAUCUCAGGUACUGAUCUAGAGAUAACCGUAAUGCGUUGCGAAAACCUUCGUGUGACGGAGGAGCCCUACGUGGUGGUUCGGGCAGAGUCCUUGAACUGUUGCACCACCAAGAUGGCGAAAGAUAAUAACUCGGGUUUGUUCUCGUGGAAUGAGAAGUUAAUGGUGAAGAUUCCGGUGCAUGCAAGGUCCAUCACCUUCGAGGUUCAAUGCAACAGGUUCAAGGCUGUGAGACCCGUUGGGGUUGCCAGAAUCGCAGUUUCAGAUUUUCUCGCCGUCUCCGAAAAUUCCAUGCAUGUCUUCAGUUACCGUUUGAGGGACUGGGAAGGGAAAAGAAAUGGGGUCAUUCAUUUCGCCGUCAGAGUGCCGCCGGUGCCGCUGGAUUCUUCUAACGGCGCCGUAGAACCGGUGAAGGAGACGGCGGUUAUUAAGGAUUCCGGUGAUCGAUUUUUGGGAAUCAACGCCGGUGAUGACAAGUCUAACGAAGUUGCUGUUGGUUGUGUUCCGUUUUGGUGGAACUUCAACUACUCUAACUUACUUUGAAGAUUUUUAUUUUUUUUAUUUGUUGUUUUUUUAUUAUUUGAAGAUUUGUCAAGGCGUGUGGAAAAUCACGUUUAAUUAGUUAAGUUAAAUAUUGAGACAAAGAUUAAUAUUGUUUGAUAGAAAUCUUGUGCUGUAGGUCAACCUCCAUAUUUUUGUAAAAAGAAAAUAUCAAUUCUAUUAAAUUUGUGGCAUACUUAAUCCGUCACUUUUAAGAAAGUA